CUCCUACAAAGAUGGCAGGAGGAGGUAUGGUUUCUCAAGGUCCUGUUAAGCAGUACGAAGGCGGCGUCACCGCCUUUGUGCUGAUGACUUGUGUGAUUGCCGCCACCGGUGGUCUCAUCUUCGGUUAUGAUAUCGGAAUCUCAGGUGGUGUGACAUCCAUGGAUACUUUCUUGUCCGAGUUCUUCCCAUCAGUGUAUAGGAAGGAGAAAAACCUGAGUGGUAAGGAUCAAAACCAGUACUGCAAAUUCGAUAGCCAGCUGCUGCAAAUGUUCACCUCUUCCCUCUACAUCGCGGCAUUGGUGGCUUCUUUCGUUGCUUCAGCAACAACCAGGGCUUUUGGUCGAAAAAUCUCCAUGUUAUCUGGAGGUUUAGUGUUUCUUGUUGGCGCCAUCCUUAAUGCCGCGGCCAGUAAUCUUGCAAUGCUCAUCAUUGGUCGUAUAUUGUUAGGUGUUGGCGUUGGAUUUGCUAAUCAGUCUGUUCCCCUUUAUCUAUCAGAAAUGGCGCCUGCGAAAAUAAGAGGUGCCCUUAACAUUGGGUUCCAAAUGGCCAUCACAAUUGGGAUUGUGAUAGCAAACUUAGUGAACUAUGGGACAUCCAAAAUCAAGGGUGGAACUGGUUGGAGAAUUUCUUUAGGCCUUGCGGGUGUUCCAGCAGUAAUCAUGACUGUUGGCGCGAUCUUCCUACCAGACACUCCCAAUUCCCUCAUCGAGAGGGGUGAUAGAGAGAAGGCUAGGGAGAUGCUACAAAAAAUCCGUGGUACGAACAAUGUCAACGAGGAGUUCCAGGACCUCAUUGAAGCGAGUGAGACUGCAGCAUUGGUGGAGCACCCGUGGAGGAACAUCACUCAGCCAAAAUACAGACCUCAGCUCACCAUCACUUGCCUCAUACCAUUUUUCCAGCAACUCACCGGCAUCAAUGUGAUCAUGUUCUAUUGCCCUGUCCUCUUUAAGACAUUAGGCUUCGGUGAUGAUGCAUCGCUCAUGUCUGCAGUCAUCACCGGCAUUGUCAAUGUCGUGUGCACUGCCGUGUCUAUCUUCACGGUGGACAAGUAUGGGAGGAGGGCAUUGUUCCUCGAAGGUGGCAUACAGAUGAUUAUUUGCCAGGUUGCGAUAGGAAUCAUCCUUGGGAAGGCAUUCGGAACCUCAGGCGUAGGAAGCUUAUCAAAAGGCUUAGCCGAUUUUGUGUUAUUCUUGAUCUGCGCAUAUGUAGCAGCAUUUGCAUGGUCUUGGGGUCCAUUGGGAUGGUUGGUACCCAGCGAGAUCUUCCCUCUAGAGAUCCGAUCAGCGGGACAAUCCAUCAACGUCUCUGUCAACAUGUUAUUCACCUUCAUCAUUGCUCAAGGCUUCCUCUCCAUGCUCUGUCACAUGAAGUUUGGUCUCUUCUUCUUCUUUGGCGCGUUCGUGGUCAUAAUGACACUCUUUGUGUACUUUUUCCUUCCGGAAACCAAGAACGUUCCAAUUGAAGAAAUGAAUGAAGUGUGGAGGUCACAUUGGUUCUGGGCAAAAUAUGUCCCAGAUGACGGUGAAGGCAAUGUCCAGCUCUCGGCAGGCAAAGCCGUCUGAAGUGUUCAAAAUGUAGGAUAGGCAAGGGUGCCUAAAUGGCUUAGAAUAUAUAGUUUCUUUCUAAUCAUGCUUGGAGGGUGCUGAAAUUUCAAAGAGGGACCAUUAGUGUAUUUUUGCAUAUUUAAAAAGGACUGUAUUCCAGU